AUGGAGAAUGCUGGGCAAGCAACAUUCUUAAAACACAAGUGUCACCAUUCCAAUUGCUAUUUGACUUCGAAUAGGAGCUUACUUGGUAAUUUGGGAUACUUCGACACAAUACUGUUUAGUGCCCAAGAAAUAAGCUCUGGCGAGCGAAACCUGCCUAACGUACGAGCUGCGAUACAAAAAUACGUGUUUGUUGCUAACGAUUCUGCGGAUAACUAUCCAGUGUGCGAUUCUUUUUAUGAUCAGUUCUUCAACUGGACGUGGACGUAUAAAAUGGAAUCCUCAAUACCAUACACGUUCUUCACAGUACAUAACAUACACGAUGAAAAUCUGGGAAGUCAUUUCCGAUGGAUACUAAAUAUGACACCCAUUGACACAUACAUGAAAAGUCAACUGAGCUCAAAAAGGAAAGCUGUCGCGAUAUUUUUAGAUAAAUGCAAGAGCAGAAGCAAAAGGGAAGUUUACAUAGAGAAUUUGAAAUGGCAACUAUCGAAAUAUAAUUUAGGUAUCGACGUAUAUGGUAAUUGUGGAAAGAAUAAAUGCAAGAAGAAGAUGUCUGGAUGCUUCUGGAGAUUGAAGAAAUAUUAUUUCUUCUAUCUGGCGAUGGAAGAUUCCAUAUCUCCUAAUUAUAUUACUCAAGAAGUGGUUUAUGGGUACGAAAAUAAUGCUGUGCCCGUAGUAUAUGGAGGAGCUCAAUAUAGCAAAUUUUUACCGCCAAAUUCAUAUUUAAACGCGAUGCAGUUAAACGAGGAAAUGCUCGCUCGUGCUAUGAACGAUAUCAUCAGGAAUCGAAGCUUGUACUACGACUACUUCAGAUGGAAGAACCACUACAUCAUCAAAGCUACGAAGACGUUAGACCCGUGCGCGUUAUGUAAAGCGCUCAACAACAAAAAUUGGCUGACUUUUAGAACGCGGAAUGUCAAUUUCAGAAAAUGGUGGAAUGCUUUUUAUAAGACUAGAUGUGCGGAAUCUUCAAUAUGGCGGACUUAUAAUUAG